AUGAGUGAUAGCGUUGAAACAACACCAAAGAAAAAGAAGAGAUUAGCCUUUGAUGAUGAUUUUUUCUCCUUGGCAGAUAGGGAUGAUGAUAAGAAAAAGAGGAAGAAAAAGAAAAAGAAAUCUAGUCACAAAUCCGACAUUAUAAGCACUCAAGAUGAUAUAUCACAAAUAUCUGAUGAUAAGAUAGAUCAACCACCCUUGGCAAAAAUUGAAGUGUUGAGUGAUCAAGAUGCAGGAGUUUCUGUUAAACUGUCGUCCUUUUCACCCUUAGAAGAUGAAGAUUCGGAGUUAAUUAUAACACAGGACUCGACUGUUCCUAGAACUAGACUGCAAGCCAAAACAACUAAACCUGCUCCAGAAGAAACAAAAUCAACCUUGAGUGCCACAGAUGAAUCAGAAGAUGACACAUAUAUGGGCUUUUUGGAUUCCAUCAAAGAUAUGAAAGAAAAGAUCAAAGAGGCUACCCCUAAUGGAUAUGAAUUUAAUGACAAAAAUGAGAAUAAUAGACCCUAUCUACUACAAGUAAUACCCAAAAUCGAAGGAGCUAAAACCAACCAUUUCAAGACUAAAGGUACAAAGCUCUUUGGUUUGAUCAUCAAAGCUGUAGUGGAUUAUUAUAAGAAGUUGAAUCAGAUUUCAUUCAACCUUAAUUCUGAAGAUUUUGUAUUCUUCUGGAUAACAGGGAAGUCAGAGAUAUCACAUAUUUUAAAGCCAAGUUCACUUCGAAUACCCCCUCCAGAUAAGAAAGAUUUGACCUACGUUGAUAAAGUGGGUUACACGUUAUUGAAGGUCUUGUUAGUGCCAAAAUCAUUGGCUAAAGAUGCUUUCAUUUUGUACGACGAAUUGAAGGGCCCCACAUAUGAUUUCAUUGAAGAUGAAGAAAUAGAAAUGGCUGAUUCUAUGGAUGAACUAGAAGUAUAUGAUGAAUUUGAUAUUGAGCAUACAGAUGUACCUACCGAAAAGUCACAAAAAUUACCAUCGGGCCCUGAAUUUAUCGAUUUGAAUAAUGAAGAGGUUCUUGAUCCUUCUAAAAGGGAAGGUUACUUUGUAAUCUCGUUGAAAGGGAAGGAUGGUAGAAGGUUCCCUGUAAGAGUUCAUAGUAAUACCGAGAUUAAGUCACUAGUGUCAUAUUAUUUAAGACACCAGAAUAUCGAUGAAAAUACAUUUGAUUAUUCCAAAGCGAGAGUGAAUUUCGAUGAUGAGGAUCUAGAUUUGCAGGGCAAAAUUGGUGAUACUGACAUCGAGUCAGAUGAACAAAUUCAUAUUUUCAUAUAA